CAUAGGUUUCUGUCUUUGUUUUCUCUAUCUUCUUCCUCUUAUUAGUGGACAAAAGAUAAGCCGUUGCAUUUGCAGAGUGAUCCAGACCCAAUUCUCCAUACCCUUGCUUUGUAUUAUGCGUGUGCCUCACCUUCAUGAUGAUACCAAGUUAUCGUUAUUCUCAUCAUCAUCCUAUUCCUUUUGAUCUCAAUGAAGAACAUCACCUUUUCACUACUACUACAUAUCCUCAACUCUCUUCUCCUUCUUCUUCUUUAUCAUCUUAUUCUUAUUGGGACCAUCAUCCAAACCACUUACAAAUAACUCAUCAACAGGCUGAGAAGAUUCAUGUUCCUUCUAGUGGAGGAUCAUGGGAUCAUAUUCAUGACCACAGAAAAAAAGAAGAAAAAGAAGAAGAAGAAGAGAAGGAUGGAAACAAGAAGAGUAGUAAACUGCUCAAGUUAAAAAUUUUGAAGAAAGAAGAAAGGAAUGAAAAUCAUCAUCUUGAUAAUCAAGCUCAUCAUGAUGAGGAGGAUCAUGGUUCGGUGAAGUGGAUGUCUUCAAAGAUGAGAAUCAUGGGUGGUUCUGAUACUAAUAAUUUCAGGUUAAGGUUUGAUGAAGAGGGACCAAAGCAGCAAGCGCCGCUAUCCCCUUUACGAACUGAUAAUAGCAGCAGCAACAGUAACAACAACAACUCUUCUUCAAACCGUCAUGAAAAUAAUAAUAAUAUGAUUGUUAGGGUUUGUUCUGAUUGCCACACCACAAAGACCCCUCUUUGGAGAAGUGGACCAAGAGGCCCCAAGUCUCUUUGCAAUGCUUGUGGAAUUAGACAAAGGAAGGCGAGGAGAGCUGCCGCGGUGGCGGCCGCGGCGGAGGUUGCAGCAUCAGAGAACGAUACAACUCUCAUGGCUUCUACUGAUGAUGAUGAUGGUAUGAAGAAGAAUGAAAAGAAGUUACACAAGCACAACAACAAAGAUAAGAAGUUGAAAGCCAAGUGUAGUGCACCAAAUCAGUUGAAAAAGAAGCACAAAAUUGGAACCAAUAACAAUAAUAAUAAUACUAAUAAAUUAUCUCAUAGAGGAAGAAAGAAGGUUGGUUUUGAAGACUUGACAAUAAGUUUGAGCAAGAACUUGGCUUUAAAUGUGUUCCCUCAUGAUGAGAAAGAGGCUGCAAUCUUGCUCAUGGCCUUAUCCUAUGGUUUACUUCAUGGAUUUCCCUCAGAUCGUUACUUAGAUUAAUGAAAUUUUUAUUUUGUAUGAAUAAGUACUUAUUAAUAUUAUUAUUGUAUGAGACUAGUUUUUGCUUUGUGGUGUGGAAGAAUAGGACGCAUUCAUGAAGUUAUAGUACUUUAUUAUUAUUAUUUAGGAAUUAAUAUAUAAUAGAGGAAAUAAAUCAUUGGAUCGGUGACUUUAUAUGAACUUUGUAACCAUUAAUUAUUAUGUUAGAUUUGAGCAAGUAGACAAACACAAAUGCGAUGAUUCUCUUGUUCUGU